UACAGAUUGACACAUAUUUAUUGAUAUGGAAUUAAAUAAAUAAAAAAAGAAAUUCUCACAUUCCACCGCUUUCUCUCUCUUCCUCCUCCGUCCACACCACCUCAACUCUUGAGCUUUGACCUCCACACGGCCCACCGUCGCCGUCGCCGUCGCCGGCGUCAACGCCGUGUCCAGGCCAACUGCACAUCCAAACCGAGUCACCCUUCUCGUCGUCUUCCUCAAUUCGUCUUCGGCUUCGUCUUCUUCCCGGCGUCGGCAUCUGCUCGUCUUCAUCUUCGGCGGUCACCGGCCAGAUCUGGUCGCUUAAAGACAUCUUGCCUUGUGCCCGGGACGUUAGCCGCCGCACGCCUUGAAUCGUUCUUGGCGAUUCGGACUUCAAAGCCGCGGGCACGUAAAAGAAGAAAACUUGCAAAGCAGGGCAACUUUUUGGAGACUGGAAGGACCAUUAUGAGCCUGUUUUUGAGCAUGUCUCGCUCUAUCAAUGGUAUGGGAUUUCUUGUGAUGAAAUAUCCUGCCUAUCAAGUGUAGACUUGAGAGGUGUGAUCAAAGAUCAAAAUGACUAUACCUCAAAGCCAAAAAAUUGGACGUCCAUUGAUGAACCUUAUCAGAUUGAGAGGAUGGCCUAUUCUGCAGCAACUGCAUAUUGAGGAGCAGUUACUUCGGACCUCAUCGGAAAAUUGGUGUAUUAUAAAUGAUGGCACAGAACCUACCAUUGUCAUGGGUGUUUCUGGGAAACCUGCCGAACUGCUUGAAAUUAAACCAGUGUUACACAAUCAGGUACCUGUCAUCAAAAGGUUCACUGGGGGAGGCACUGUCAUAGUGGAUGGUGGGACAAUUUUUGUUACUUUCAUAUGCAACAAGGAUGCUGUCCCUGAUUUGCAGCCGUAUCCUCGACCCAUCAUGUCUUGGAGCAGCCUAAUCUACAAUGAAGUGUUCCAUGGAGCUGGCGAUUUCCACCUCCGUGAGAAUGAUUACGUUUUUGGCAAUCGCAAAUUUGGAGGGAAUGCACAAUCCAUCACCAAAGGCCGGUGGAUCCAUCACACAUCUUUCUUGUGGGACUACGAGAUCAGAAACAUGGCUUAUCUGAAGCUUCCUUCACGUGCUCCUGAAUAUCGAUCGGCAAGGGACCAUUUGGAAUUUAUAUGUCGCAUGAAGGACUACAUAUCAAGGUCAGAUUUCAUCGACGGAACAAUAAGGGCACUUGGAACCCAUUUUUCUGUGGAAUCUGAGGAGAUGGAAGCAAUUCAAUCUGGGCGGAGUACAAAGUUUUCCCCCUCGUCCAGGCUACUGACGGCACAAGAAAUAGAAUCAGCAUUAUGCGAAUUAGAGUCUCGGAAGUCUGUUGCUUGUUCCUCAUCUCCAUGACAAUUUACUGAUGCUGUUUCUUCUACCAAACUAUUUAUUGAUUUUCCUAAUGCGCGAGUUCCAAUUGUAUGAUUCUUUUCCGUGUACUGAGAUUUGCAGCUGUCAUUGUAAAUUGAACUCGGUCAUUAGACUUUCUGAAUUCGAAACCGGUAAAAUAAACUGAAAAGCAUUUACCUUUUUUCAA